CGACCGACAACAAACUAUGUAGUUCAUUCAGCCGGACCGCGCGACUCCGCAAUAAUACACAAUUACACUGUUGGGCAGACGCGUUGAUGCUGUGCGCGUGACCACAGACACACGGAAACCGGUCACAGCUCAUUCGGCGAACCGAUCGCAGAGCGCAGUGUUUAGUGCGAAUGCAAAAUCGGCAAAUACAACAAUCCGUAACCGCGGUCCACCGUCCGAUCAACAUUUGAACCGUAUUUUUAUAAUUUUUUCGUUAAAACAUACAUAUUAUAAAUAUCGCCGUAUAUCCUAUAUUAUUUGAGUUACUACCGUCGCGAUAAUGGCUCGCGGCGACGAACAACCGCCACCGAUGGGUCGCGCGCAAAGCACCGUUACGUUUAAAGCGAUGACGAACGACAACCGCGGCAACCGUAACGACGAGGAGGAGGAGGACGAUGAUGACAAUAAGUCCGCUUGCAACAGUGAAGAUGCGCAGCAGGACGAGGACGAGAUGCCGCUGGUGGAAGCGUCCAGGACGAGGAUGUUCAGCGUAUCCGCCGACAGGCCGAUCACCAGGAUCCCGACCCGGGUUGACAUGAAGACGUUGACGCACAAAGCGAAACGACCUGCUGUCGAUAUCGAAUUCCACGACCUGACUUACGCCGUCAACACGACAGCGGGACAAAGAACGAUAUUGAAAGGUAUACACGGUUUCUUUCGUUCAGGACACCUGACCGCCAUAAUGGGUCCUUCCGGUGCUGGGAAAAGUUCACUGAUGAAUAUACUCGCUGGAUACGUGAGAACUGACAUUAAAGGACAAAUUCUUACAAAUGGGCAUCCUAGAAAUAUGCAACUUUUCAAAAAACUUUCAAGUUACAUAAUGCAAGAAGACUUGCUUCAACCCAGACUUACUGUCAUAGAAUCAUUGAGUUACGCAGCUAGAUUGAAAAUUGGUCGUGAGUUAUCGAAAGAAGACAAAGAUAAAGCUGUGAACGAGGUACUGGAGCUUUUAGGGGUAUCGGUGUGCCGUAACACAUUUGUGGAGAAAUUAUCUGGAGGUCAGCGCAAACGUCUGUCCGUGGCACUCGAGUUGGUCAACAAUCCGCCGGUGAUAUUUCUAGAUGAACCCACCACUGGGCUGGACAUUGUAGCGAUAAAGCAGUGCGUCACCCUACUGGUCGACCUGGCAAAACAAGGAAGGACCGUGGUGUGCACCAUUCACCAGCCCAGCUCAUCGCUGUUCCAUAUGUUCGACCACGUAUACAUGCUGGCCCGAGGCUCUUGUAUAUACAACGGGUCGCCCAAACAGUUGGUGCCGUUCCUGGCACAAGUCGGGCACGUUUGCAAACCCACGCACAACCCAGCUGAUUUCGUUUUCGAAGUGUUGGAUAACGAUACAAUAACUGACUUAACGAGAGAAAUUCAAAAUGGAAAAGUAAUAUUAUGUGAUGAUUUAGACGAAAUGGAAAAUGGAAUGGCAACUUCUAAACUUUGUCGUAACGACACACUAAUUACAUUACCACCAGUCUUCGAUAAUGAAUUAGAUAAAAUCGAAGCGGAAUACCCAUCAUCUUUCAGUACACAAUUCUCUAUACUGUUAGCAAGAAAAACCAAACAAUUUUCUAGAAAUACAAUUGGAUUGUGGAUAUCUUUUUUCCACCAUACGUUUUCAGCAUUACUUCUUGGAAGCAUUUACUUUGGGAUCGGAGUAGAUGGAAAUCGACCAUUUGAAAAUUUCAAAUUUUGUAUCAGUGUAAUCGUUUUUUUCGUUUAUACUCACGUUAUGGGUCCAGUACUUACAUUUCCAUCGGAAGUUAAACUAUUGCGACGAGAAUACUUUAAUCAUUGGUAUAGUCUCAAAUCGUACUUUUUUGCAUCCGUUAUUACAUCAUUACCAAGCAUGAUAUUAUUUGGAACAUUAUUUCUUUCAAUUGUAUACUUCAUGUCUGCACAACCAAUUGAAUGGAUUAGAUUCAGUCAGUUUAUGGCUAUAGGACUAUUUACUGGUUAUACAUCUGAAGGAUUAGGUAUUCUCAUCGGAUCAUCAGUGAAAAAUUCCACCGGCGCCGUGUUGACGCCCGCGCUCCUGGCGCCGAUGCUCGCGCUGGCCGUGUACGGGAUGGGCUACGGGCUGGCCAUCGAGCCCCUCAUGGAGUCGCUGAUGGCCACCAGCUUCCUGAGGUACGCGCUGGUCGGCGUGUGCAUUUCGCUGUUCGGCAACGGGCGCGCGGACAUGGCGUGCUACAAGGACGACCUGUACUGCCACUACAAGAGCCCGAACCUGCUGCUCCGGGACCUGGGCAUGAGCGGCCGGUCGAUCGUCAACCAGUUCAUCGGGCUGGCCCUGUUCGGUUUGUUCUUCAGGCUGGCCGCGUACUACGUCAUCAGGCUGAGAAUGAUGAACCAGUCGCUUCGCAAGAUACCGCUGUACUUCAAGAAGUUUCUGCGCGGCGGCUAACAGGAGAACUCGUCGGCCGGCUUGCCCGCGUCGCCGUUAUCAUCGUCAUGUAUCGUCAUCGUAGUGUUCGGUCCCAAGUCACGUCAUCGACUCACACUCGGGCGCCGUACAGUGCCUAUCUGUAUGAUUUAAGAACACGGUGUAUUGUACCGACGGUAGACACGUCCGAACAUGCGAGGCAAGAUCAGUUGUAAUUUUAUGAUGACGGCGACACGCCACAGCACUUACACGAUAAUAUUAUAUUUACGCUAUAAUCGUCGCGCGUUAUGUAUUGGACUUCUGACGAGUACAGAUAAUACUUACGAUUAAUAUUAUGAUAUAUAUUUUAUAUUUUAUUUAUACAAUCGAUUUUUUUAUCGCUCCGGUUUCGUUGAGCGUAAUCGACAUAAUAUUAAGUUAUAUAUAUUGUAAGUUGUAUUUAUGUAAAAUAUUCGUGUGUACCAAUAGUACCCCUAAUUAUUGUUUUGUAAUUUUUUUUUUCUACGUUUUAUACCUAUUGGCUAUUACAGAGCGUUUUUGGUAGUUUCAGUGUUUAAAAACUUUUCGUAAUUGUCCACGAACAGCUUUAGCUCCUAAAACAUUAAUUUAAAAUCACAAAAACUCUUCUAGUUAUAUUUAUUAUACGUAAUAUUAUAAUGAUAAUCAUGUGUACAUUGGGUCGUGGAAAUAUUUUUAAUACAAACCUCUUGUUUUUUUUUCAACGAUUCGUCUAUCAAUGGGUCGGCGUAAUUAGUGUCGUUCAAUGGAUCUGUAUUCUCUGUAUUCGAUGCUUGUGCGCCAGAUUCUAUUGAAAUCUAUAAAUGUGAAAAAUAAUUUAACGAUAAAAAUAAAUAUAACCUAGCCAAUAGAACUAUCGUUGAAAAUACAUUUUAUA